GGCGUGUCUCGUUAUAUAGCUGCAUCACUUUCCUACGGAUCUCCACGACGCGUCAAGUGCCGCUCGGCCAAUUAAGCGAAACUUUCAGCGUUAAGCCGAUCUACCCGAAGAUCUUCGAACAUGUCGCUGCUCGGCGUCACGGUGAAGAAGGCGCGGUUCGUCUGCGAGGAAGCGGAACAGUUCAACUCCUACGUAACGCUGAAGCUGCAGAACGUGAAGUCAACGACAGUCGCUGUGAAAGGGGCCAAUCCAUGCUGGGAGCAAGAUUUUCUCUUCGAAACGAACGACAUGAACACGGGCCUCCUGGCCGAGGUCUGGUCCAAGGGUUUCCUAUGGGAUCGUUUCCUGGGCUACUACUACGUCCCAUUAUCAGAAGUGUCCUGCAUGAACGAGGAGGGUUCCGGACAAUGGGUCAGUCUAGAUUUCGAGCUCGAAGUGAAAGGUGCCGAAAUCAUCGGCACAAAAAAGCCAACCGGGCACUCCCUUCUCAUAGAUUGCCGUUUGGAGCUCCCUUUCGACCCUAAGAACACGGAGACGGCGGAUCUGCAGAGGAAGCUGGAAAUGCUGAACAACAUGAUGGACCAGGAAGCACGAGUCGAACAGGCACGACGACAGAUAUUGUACAAUAUAGGCCACUCGGGCUACUCGGAGGACUCAGACUACACGUCGGAUUUGAAUUAUCCAGUAGGCGGACAAGGCGCGAACAGCUCGGCUUCGCAAUUUCGUACCGCUGCAAACCAGUUGGCCACCCCUCAAAGAUCUCUCGAGACCUCGAGAGAAAAUAGCUACGAGAGGGAUGAUCAUCAGAUUCCAGCCACAGUUGGAAGCAGACUAGCUCCGAGUAAUUACGGAAGUUACGGUGGAUCAGGCCAUAGUCCACGUUACGAUGAACCGUACCCCGAAGAAGGUCCACCGCAAAGGUAUUCUCAGUCUCAGCACGCUUCAGAACCUUCCGAGCCACUCUUCUACAAUAGUAGACCAAGACACUAUAAGGAAUACAGACGACGGAAGCACACGUGGGAUUACGAGGACAGCCAAGACGGCUGGUACAGCGAGGGUUACGACUACCAUGGCACAAGAGUCGACGAAACAAGGAUCUACAGCGACACGGAGUACUAUCCUAGCACCACGACGGGCUCCUCUAGACGAAGAGGUCCUCAUAGACGGCCAUCGUUGGAAAGGCAGAUGACUUUAUACGACGAUCACUCUUAUUACGCCGAUGACUACUGUAGCGACGGGAGAGUCGGGAAAAUGAGUGCCACGUAUCCAGAAUGCCAGACGGAUAUCAGAUACAAUGAGUACUACGAUAGCAUCACGGGAUACACUUAUCAAGAUGAAAGGUACGGUCAAGACGACGAGGACAGACAGUGGGACAGCGGAGGGAAGUGGUAUUUAGGAACAAGUACCUAUUAUGAGAACAAACGGAAUAGAAAAACGCUUCCACAGAGGCCUGCAUCUAGCAUCGGUAUUCAUCGACCAGAUUAUAGACCAACGGUCAUCAGACAACGCAGUUACGAAUCUGAUGAACUCAAUUACAGUGGCCAUAGUACCCGUCGUCGAAAACCACUCCAACCUCAACAACGACCGACGUCCCGACAGGAAGGGACGGGAAAGAAACUACCUCCGACACCAACAAAACCCAGCAACAUUAUUAUCAGUCGUAAGCUUGCCUCCUUACCUGCCACGCCGAGCAGGCAACUGCCAAAGACACGAACGCCCUCCGAGGAGAGCUACUACAAGUCUGAAUACAACGAGGACUAUAAUUACGCUUAUCGCAGCCAAGACAACUUACCUCAGGACACCUACAUUGACAGCAUAUACAGCGCCGAUCAGGGUGGUUACGAUCAGAUUCGCGCCCCGGUGAAGGCCCAGUACCCCGAAGAAACCCAAUACGGGUCCAGCUACACGCCUCAAAUCGCCGAUCAGUACGGUCGCUCGUAUCAAGAGCCACCCACGCAGGAUCCCUACGAUCAAACGUACUUGCAGAACUCGUACAAGGACGAGUACCAAACGCCUUACGUUCAACAGAACGCGCAAGUUUAUCAGGAAACGUAUCAGGAGAUGACAUAUCCGAACGCCAGUCAGCCGAACGAUCAGUACACUAGCCAACCCAGCGAUCAGUAUAGGAAAACUAGUAACGAAGAUAAUUAUCCGAUUAUGGGCUACGAGCAGAACAACGUCCACGAGGACAGGAAGACGACGCCCGCUUACCAGAAGGACGCGUACCAAGAGCAAUACGGUGAUUACGAGGUGCCUGUGCCGUCGAGCGUAUACGACCAAAACAACGUGACGAAUACAUACAAUCAGUAUCAACCAGAGCAAUACGAUUCACAGUACAAUAUAAAUACGUCGACGGAUUAUCAGAAAACUUAUCCGGACGCGUACAAUCAGGGCACGUACACUCAGAACACGUAUAAACAGAGCACAUACAAUCAGGAACCUUACAGCGUGCAGGAGAGCUACGGUCAGCAGGACGCUUACAAUCAACAGGACACUUACGUUAAACGAGAUAGCUUCAGUCAACCGAACACUUAUGCCAAACGUGAUAGCUUCAGUCAACCGGACACUUAUGUCAAACGUGAUAGUUUCAGUGAACCGGACACUUACGUUAAACGUGAUAGCUUCAGUCAACCGGACACUUACGUUAAACGUAAUAGCUUCAGUCAACCGGACACUUACGUUAAACGUGAUAGCUUCAGUCAGCAGGAUACUUACAACCAACAGGAUACGUACAAUCAACAAGACACAUACAAACAACAAGACACAUACAAACAACAGGGCACAUACAAUGAACAAGACACUUACAUCCAACAGGAUACUUACAACCAACAAGAUACUUACAACCAACAAGAUACUUACAACCAACAGGAUGUUUACAAUCAACAAGAUGUAUACAACAAACAAGACACCUACAAUCAACAGGAUACCUAUAGCCAACAAGACACCUACAACCAACAGGAUACGUACAAUCAACAAGACACCUACAAUCAACAAGACACUUACAAUCAACAAGUACCGGUCACGUCGCAAAGCAAUUACGAGCAUGCGUAUGAGAAGCAGAAAGAUUACGUCGAUUACCAGCCACCGUACACCAAGGAGGAACCCAUCACUGCGCCGUACAAGAACGAUUACCAAGAUCAGUACCAGGACUAUCACGAUCAGUACGAGGAUUCGUAUCACGGCUCUUACCAAGGAUCGUUCGAAGAGAGGUACAAGGAAAGUCCAGUUGCCAGCACGGAAAGGAGACAGAGCGAAGUGCCGGAGUUGUCGGUGACCACGCCGAGAGGUCAGACGAGAACCAAUGGAUACCAGUCCACCGAGCCUGAGUACUUCUACGGUUCGCAGGAGAGUCAAGAGGUGUCGGCGGUAGGAUUAAUGAGACGGAAGAAACUCGAGAGGCACGAGCCUAGUCCGCUCGUGCAACAGAACACCGACUCCUUGGAGUCCAGAGACGACGAGCUGAAGGAGUCCAUCGACACCGUCGUGAGUUCGAUGAGCAGCAUUCAGCAGAAGAUAGGAAUCGAGUACUCGACAGCUGGUGACUCCAUCCCUGUUGCUCCUUCUUUGAUCGAGUCUCCACCGACCACGGUCCAGCCUGUGACGACAAUAGCGAACCACGUAACGUCCAAUCACGUCACGACCAGCAUGACGGUGACGGCGAUGGUUCACACCACUACCACGGCGAACGGGAAACGACUGGUCAGAACCGAGUCCUACCAGGAGGAGACCAUCGAAGACGAGGAGUACCCAGAGAUCAUUCCCAAGGAGCCGCAGAGGAAGGACUCCCAGCUGUCGCAUCAGAGCCAGCUCAGUCAGCACUCUUCUCAGCACAGCCAGCACUCACAGAAACCGAAACUCACCAGGGGAGAUUCCUACGCUUCCGAUCACUUCCCCGAAGAGUCCUACAGCAGAAGGGGUUCCUACGUUCAGCCGCCGAGGAAGGAUUCUUUCUCGUCGACCACGCAGGAACCUUUCAAACCACCUCUGACCAGGACGGACUCUUACCAGAAGAGAGGCAGCUAUGCACAGAACUUCAACGCCCCGCAACCUAUAUCCAGAGCUGAGAGCUAUCAGCGUGGAUACUUCAAGGACCAAGAGUCUAUAGAGGAGCCGGAGGUUGUUCUGAGCAACGUCAUCAACGAUGAUUACAAGAUCAGGGACGAGUCUCUCGAAAGGUAAUUGUUUGCGGUGUGAUUCUUCUAUGAGUAGCAAAUGUACUUCGUUGGAAUAUUGUUCUUUUUAUUCUUUGGUAGAGUGUGAAUCUGGGAAUUUAUUUAGAUUUAUUUAAACUGAAGGGUGCAAGUAGUUCAUUACAGAUUGUAAGAUGAUUUUGUAAUACAAAAGAUAUUUCUUUUCAUGAGAAAGAUAUUUAUCUUAUUGUUCUUCUUAUUUCUUGGUACAGCGUGAGUCAAUGGAUUUACUUAGAUUUAUUUCAAUUAAAGGGUGCAAGACAUUCAUUACAGAAUUUGAG